GGCAUUACGUGAGGUGUACCAACAGGUGAGCUCCUCCCUAAAAUACGCGCGUCCUUCUCCAUUAAGCUGCUGUGCGUCGGCUGCAUGGCUUCGUUUGUCCUAGAGACUUGAAAUGUAAAACAGAUUUACAAGUAAUAUGGGGGCAGGCUCACCGACAAGAGGAAACCCCAACACUUUUCUCUUCAGUCUGGUUCAGUUUUGCGCGGAGACGGGUUCUACCUGUUUCUCCCAUGACGCAGACAAACUUUGCGUCCCCAUCGGUCUCACCUUUCUGUCUGCGAUCAUUUUACUGCUGUCGUGCUUUCUGCUCGUAUAUCAGAGGUGCACAUCUCGAGGAGAAAGUCGUGGAGAAGCCACCACAUUGGUGUACAGCCUCCUCGGUAACCUGUGCGGCGUUGUUGGAGCCGUUCAGUCCAGACAGCUGUAUAUUCAGGUUUUAAUGGGUGCUGUUGCUGCUGCCACAGAUGCUGUGCGUUUCGUUUCUUGCUGCCUCCCUGUGCUUCUGUGCUGGAACUCAAAGGAAGUAAGGAGGCGGAGGACGAUGAGGCGGCGGAGGAGGCAGCACCUCCUUGCAGUGUGUGUACUGAUGGUGGUUGCCGGAGGUUUCCUGCAGUCCAGGGUCACCGACCUCCCAGCAAACAGGCCUCUCAGCGGGAGGAGGCUGCAGCACAUCACCCUCCAAGACAACUCUGAAAUCCUGGGUUACGUACUCGGUCUGCUGUCCUGUGUUAUCGUCUGUACCUCCAGGUUCCCUACACUCUGCAGAGCUUACAGAGGGCAGAUGUUGACCCGGGCCUUUGUGUUCUCUGCACUGCUGUGCUCACUGGCUGGUUCCCUCUAUGCUGCUGCCAUACUCCUCCACAACACUCACUUCGGGUUUCUUUUAAGAGUCAUGCCGUGGCUGCUGUCAGCAAUAUGCUGUGUCAUCUUGGACCUUCUUGUUCCAGUCGUUCAUUGGUGCAAGAGAGGAACCAGACAACAGCGUACCAGUUUUUCUCCAGACACUGAGAGCCUUUUAGGUGGAUCACACAUCCCCAUUGAGAGUAAAGCGGUCUUGAAGAUGCAGAAAAAACAGCAAGUUCAUCCAUCAGCACAAACAAAAAUAAAAAAUGUCCAGAAGAUGACUGAGAUGGGUCGCUAUAUGGAUGUCAGUGUUCAACCUGCAAGAAAACCCCAGAUAUGCCUUCAGGAGGUGAUGUCCGAGCAGGAGGAGGCUGAGGUGGAGAACCAUCUUCUCAACAGGGAGGUGCGAGUGAUCAGGGUCAACAGUUUCUGCUCCUCGGAUACAUCCUAUGACUCUUCACUAGUCAGCUCUGAUCUGGAGUGGGAUUUUGAAGAGGCAAAUGCCCACUGGAAUGAAUCAACAGCCAAACAACAGCUUCCACCAGAGAGGUGGCCAGCAAACUCCAAAACCUUUAACAUCUGUACGUGUACCAUGUCUGGCCUCUCACAGAAAACCUUGUCUGGUACAGAGGACCAUGACUGUCUCUCUUCUGCAAGCUUAGCAAAAUGACAAAGAAAUGCUGCUCUGUUAGUAAUGUGACACAUAUUUGGUGUAUUCAUUUGAGGGGUAAUUAAAGAAAAAAUAUUAACACUGAA